GUUAAAAGUGUUUAUGUCAUUUAAACUAUAAGAUUAUAAUUAAUAUUACGUUUCACCUUUUUUCUUUAAAAUAUCUACUUUGUACAAAGUGGAUAUACUUAUAAUUCCUUUUGUUAUUGAUAUAAAAAUUUAUAAACAAAAAAUUUUCGAAAACUCGGUUGUAAUCAAAAUAAAUAAAUUAUUGCCUUUUUCAACGUAUUUUGUGAAGGCCCAAAAAGACAAAAGGUUAAAAGGACGCGAUACGUCAUUGCCUGGAACAAAAACAAAGUAUUACAAUUACAGUGAAUUUUGUUUUAAAACCAUUUGUUAAAUUCAUACUGAAUUCCCUCGGAAAAUUACAUAUUUUGUCAAUUAUCCAAUCGGUGAUCAUCUACUAUCUGAUCUAGACAAGCCGCAAAGUCUUCUUAUCUGACAGCUUAUCUUGGAACUGCUGCUGGGAAAGGGGUAAAGAUAAACAGUCAUGUUUUAUGUUGUUUUUUCGUUAAAAAAAAAAAUUGACGAAAAAUGAAAAAAUUUGUGAUAUGCAAUGAAAAUUAAUUUAACUGUGAAAAUAGUGCACUUAAUAUUGUUAAAAUAUUUUUUUACAAUCAAGAGAUAAAAUAAAAAAUAAACACAUUUUUAGAGGAACAAUGGACAAUUAUUCCCAGCAGAGGUACGAUACCAAGAUUGAGAGUUUCGAUUCAUGUAUGAUUGAGACAAAUCAACAACAAGAAAUAGCCCAAACAGUUAAUACAACAACUCAACAGGGACAAAUUGAUAAUCAGGAGAAUCAUGAUUCUGGAACAAUUCCACCGCAACAAACACAGCAUAUACAAAAUCAAGCUCCUCUAGUACAAAACGCUCAACAACACAUGACACUCACCCCGGUUCGACUUCCCGCAAUAUUAGACGGUGAAUUCUUCUCUGUUAUUAGAUUGGAAGACACUAAUGUCACAGUUCGAUGUUUGCAAUGUCAAAAACUCUUGAAUGGAAAUCUCAAGUCCACUGGCAAUUUUCUUAGUCACAUAAAAAGAGUACAUCCAUUUAUGGUUGAUAAAAUCAAAUGCAAAUCGAAUCAAAGAAGACCGGCUGUAAUUUAUAUUGAUUUAUCAGCGGAACGUUGUCCAGAGAUUGUCAGGGCGAAACGUGGAUAUCGAAAAUACUAUAAAAUGGAAGACUGUCAGCAAGUGAAUGAGGAGGCACAAAAUUUUGAACAAACACAAGAAUGGACAGAACCGUCAAUAAUUCGUAGGCGAAGAUCAGAGGAACCUGAAUCGAGCGAAGUAAUGAAAGUUUCACACAAUAAUUCACUUGUGAUUGAAGACGAAUUUGAUGCAAUCGGUAGGAAUGUGGCUGCGAAAUUGCGAAACAUGCGGCUCGACCAAAGAAUAAUUGCCGAGAAGCUUCUUAACGAUAUUCUCUUUGAAGCACAACUCGGUAAUUUACAUCGAGACUCAAAUAUACACGUUUGAAAAUAAUUAUUGUCACCAUGGCGAUAAUUGUACAGAAAAUUUAAUAAUCAUUACCUUGUGAAAAAAUUAAAUGAGGAGAAAACUGAAAUGAAAAUGCAAGGACUUGAAAUUACUAAAAGGAAAUUAAUGGCCAUAAGAAAAAAAAAAGAAAAUUCGCAUUUAUUUAGUCACAUUCUUACGUAAGUGUCAUAAAUUUACUUAUUAAAAGUGUCAACUUUAUUAAAAGUCAAAAUUUCUUUUUUUGCAAUAGAAAUACUUUCUUGAAUUAGGGUUUAAUAAAAUGAAAGAUAGAAGUUUCGUAUAAGAAAUUUAUUUACAACGAAAUUUAAAAGUUCACAGUAACUUUUCUGUAUAAACAAUUUCAUUAUGAAUUUUUUUUUCUAUUAAAUACUAUUCUAUGUAGAAUAGAAAAAAAUAUCGAUCAGAGCCACCAAAAAUCUUUGGAGCAAUUUAAAUGUAUUUAAAAUACAUUUUUGGUAUAUUUUGUAUUUUUUUAUUAUUAUUUUUAAACCUGUUCGAAAGAAUUCUAUUCUUUAAUGAAAAAAAUUCACUUAAGCAAAAUAUAACUUCCAAGUUCCUUAAAACAUCUAAUCAAAGCUUUUUCUCUCAGUACGUAUAUAAUUAUAAAGUCAUUGAUUUCAAACACGAAAUACACAUUUUAUUGAAAUUGUGUAUUUAGUGACGUAGAUAAAUUAAUAAGUUCGUAUAAUACUAUAUUAUUCGAUAAUGUAAAGAGCAUAAAGGUCUUUUAAGAUUGUAAAUAUUACUUACCCUAUUAUUCUAAAGAUUAAUGACUGUAAACACUUUUCUUUUGCACUAAGUACAAGAUACGAAAGACGAUUUCGAGAAUUAUGUGAUGUAUAAAUACGUAUUUUUUAAAAGAAAAGAAAAAAAAGGAUAAAAAAAAAUGACAACACGCUGAGAUACAAGUUCAAAUGGAGUCAUUGUUAAUAGUACAAUAAGUUAUCGGAAAUUGCCAUUUGUAAAGGUAGUCCAUUUUCUAUUGUAUAUUAUAGAAUAAAGGAUAGAUUUUACUAUAAGAACGAUGAUUGUAAUAAAUACAUGAUGUAAAGACUGAAUGACAAAAAAAGAACACAGAAAUUCAGACUUGUAAGUUCCUAAAAAAAUUCAUUAGGAUUUAUUUUCAA